GCGAAUUGAGCAAACUGAGCAAGUUUGUUGUGAAAACCAAAAUAAAGUGGAAAAUGGCAUUUUUCAUCAGGAACUCCCAAAAGGAUCGCCUCCACUUCCUCUCCAGGCAGUCUUCGGAUGUUCUGGUGGAGUUUUGCAAAUUGGGACUUGAGUAUCUGAGUAGUGGACCAAAUGAGAAGAAAUACGCCAAUGCAGCUCGAAAAUUGUCUACGACGCCGGAGGAUGGAGAAAUACAGCCAGAGAGUCUUGUGGAGUGUCUGGUGUCAUUUCUGAUCAACUGUGUGGCGUUUAAUGUGUCUGAAGGGGAUUUUGAGGAGCUUGAGAGACUGAACUUCACUCCUGAACAGGUGGCAAUUCUCUGGCAGUUUGUCACCAACAAGAAGCAGUAUGUGAGGAGUCUUUUGCGCAGUCGACGCAGUCAAGAGUACAGAUUCCGCGAUCUGGAGUGGCGUCUGGAAGCCAGAGUGGCCAGCAGAUCUGAUCUGUCUCAGGCCACGCCACUGAUCACGAUGAAAUUCCACCUGGAUCACGAGACAAUUGACGAGCACAAGGAGAAUCUGCUGGAGAAUCCAACAGAAUCAUCAAGUCGCAAGCAAGUUGUCAUGAGCACAGAUCCGUGCAAUCUCACUCACAUGAUUUCCACUCUCGAAUCUGCGCUUCAGCAGUCAAAGACACAUCGGACGAGGAACUUCGUGAAGGUUUUCCAGCAGCAAUCGUGAUUAAGCGCGUCAGGGAAAGUCUCUCGCCUGAUGGACAUCUGGCCAUUGUCUGCCCUCGUGGAGUGUGAUGAGAAUCUCCCCCAAGCAACAUCCACUAACGAACUUCAUCCUGUCCGAGGGCGGAAUCAUUCCUGAAGUCAAUUUCGAUGGUUUUCCACUGAUUGAAUUAUUACUUUGUUGUUCUGUGCAGAUUUUAUACAUUCUGUUCCUUGUUGAAUAAAUCAUUCUCCAGGUGAAUAAAGAGAUAUCUACAGAAGAAUUGAUAUAAUUUGGUGGCAAAGAGAGAGAUAAAGAUCA